UCAUCAUUUUCCCUCUUAUGUUCAUUCCUUUCACAAGCUCACCGCCAAUAACAGAUAUAACCAAUUUUUCACCACAUGGGGGUCUCAAAUUUUUCAUCUUUAACUCCAUAAACAUCACAAAAUCCAUUCUUUUACACACUUUGUAAUAAGCAGCUGCUUCUGUUUCGAAGUUCAAUGUGUUAAAAGACACUCUCAGGAGAAAAAUUCAUGGCACCCUUUAUUCUUUUGGUGCUUGUAUCCCUUCUAUUAGUUCCAACAAGUUCUUAUGUUCAACAAACUAAAGAGGGUUUCAUCUCUGGAGUUAUAUCUGACAAGGGUCUUGAUUUUGCAAAGGAUAUACUAAUAGAACAAGGUAUUGCCUCCAUUGUUCAGCUUCAGCUGCCAGAGAUUGAGAAAUCUGUUCAAGUCCCUUUCAUUGGAAAUGCUAAAGUGGUUCUUUCUGAGAUUACGAUCAAGGAUAUUCAAGUAAAUUCAUCUUCUGUUGUGAGUGGAGAGAGUGGAAUCUUUCUAGUUGUUUCUGGUGCCACUGCGGAUUUGGCUAUGAAGUGGAGGUAUUCAUGUAGCAGUUGGUUAAUCCCAAUUGGGAUUUCGGAUAGUGGGAAUGCAACUGUGAAGGUUAAAGGUAUGCAAGUGGGGCUUUCAGUAGAUUUAAGGAAUGAAGAAGGAACUCUUAAGUUGAUUCUCUUAGAUUAUGGAUGUUAUGUUGGAGAUUUGUCUAUAAAGUUGGAAGGUGGAGCAUCUUGGCUGUACCAAGUCUUAGUGGAUGCUUUUCAAGGGAACAUAGCAUCUGCAGUUGAAGAUGGAAUUUCAGAUAAAGUAAGUGAAGGCAUAGGGAAGCUUGACACUUUAUUGCAGUCUCUUCCAAAGCAAAUCUCUGUGGACAACUUUGCAGAGCUAAAUGUUUCUUUCGUUGGCAAUCCUGUCCUGAGUAGUACUUCAAUUGCAAUUGCGAUUAACGGCUUAUUCACAGAGAGAAAUGUCGUUUUAGUACCUCAACGUUACCAAAAAAGAUUACAGGUUUCUUCUGCAUGUGGUGGUUUACCAAAGAUGAUAAAGGUUUCAAUCCAUGAAAAUGUGUUCAGAUCUGCUUCUCUAGUUUACUUCAGGGAAGGUAGUAUGCAAAUGAUUAUUGAUGAACUACCUAAUCAGGCCAUUUUGAACACUGCUGAAUGGAGAUUCAUAGUUCCUCAACUAUACAAAAAGUAUCCGAACGACGACAUGCAGCUUAAUAUAUCUGCAUCUUCUCCACCAGUGAUACUAGUGGAUUACCAAGAUAUCCGUGCGUCUGUUUUAGUAGACAUAACGAUUGAUGUUCUUGAAGCUGGUGAAGUCAUACCUGUUGCCUGCAUCUCAGUGGAUAUUAGUGCUUCGUGUUCUGUGGACAUUAUACGAAACAAAAUCAAUGGUAGGCUCAAAUUGGAAGAGUUUUCUGCAUACCUGAAAUGGAGCAAAAUAGGAAAAUUGCACAUAAGUCUGAUUCAGUCAUUAAUAUCAACGGCUCUGAAAACUGUUGUCAUACCGUACCUUAACUUGGAACUGAAGAAAGGAUUAGCACUGCCAACCAUUGAUGGUUUUGCCUUUCAGAAUGCAAAUAUCUUGUACCUUCCUCCAUGGAUUGCAGUGUGUACUGAUGUUUCUUACUUAGAAGACUACUAUCUCACUCAGCAUUCAGCUCAUGUAUCAUAAAAUUACAGCAUAAGAAGAAAUUUGUACGAGGCUAUGAAGGUUGUAGCAUGUAACCACAGCUCGGAACCAAUUCUAUCAGGACGUGAAUUCAAAUCGCGCCCACACGGUUGGUGGACUGAUCAGAGCCAUACCCACAUAAAAUUCAUAUAUCAAAACACAAAUGGUUUCUCUGUUUUGUUCUUGUGGAAAGGGUAUGAACUAUUUUUCUAAAUGAAUGUAAAUAAUAGAACAUAUGCAUAAGUCUCAUGCAUUUGUAAGCCCUGUAUAUAAGCAUUAGAGCAUUGGUAUACACUUCUUAUGUUGUCUUUUGUACACCAUACAUUCAUUAAUUAAGAUUUUUAUUUUUCCAAAGAGAGGAGUGAGAC